AUGGUGCCCGAUAUACUUUGCUAUCAGUACGGUGACAAUCUAAUCCUGCAUAAUCACAGUGGUGUGUAUGCACUAGAUUGCGUGACGAGGCAACUGCUUUCUUUCAGUGAAGAGAAGCUCCAAUCUAUAGCGAGUGAGGUGCCCACAAAACACAUCUCAGCCUUGCUAGGCAUUCUAAACUACGAUGGUGCAUCUUAUAUCAUUGUGGCAACAAAGCUCGAAUAUUGCGUCACUUAUAGGCCGUGUGAUGGAGAAGCAGUUUCAUCUCUUGACUCAACGCCUAUAGAUGUCUAUUCCAUUGAUGCUGUCGAUGUUUUUGUCACAGGAAAGAAAAAUAACUACAUAAGGGCCGCACUUAUGAAGCAGUUCUCCCAGAAGGGCCUUUAUUGUGCAUUUGAUAAACGGCUCAUUGAGACAUCCAAAUAUAAGUCUAACAGGCAUGCCUUUCAUUGGAACCGAAAUGUUUUCCCCGGAUGUGGAGAAGGCCUUGUGGACCUCGACAUCACCAGUUGUGUACCUUUUGUAAUAUGUGGGUACAUUGAGGAAACUAAACCCUUCGUAGUUGCACCAGGAACAACCCUUACUAUCUUAUUAAUUUCCCGGCGCUCCUUGAAGUCUGCGGGUAAGCGUUACUUCCAACGUGGAAUCGAUGCAGAGGGGCACACAUCUAACUACGUAGAAACAGAAGUAUUGGCUACAUUUUACAAUGAGCAAUCUCGUGCUGCAUUUACUUGCACAAACAUUUCUCUUCGCGGUUCGAUCCCAGUUUCCUUCCAACAGGUCCCUAAUUUAUCACAGAAGCCACCCAUCAAGAUCACCAGAGACUUUCCCAGCAACCUUUCUCUUCAGGAGUUCACCACUCAACAGCAGAGGUUUGAACGACGGUACCCUGGAUCAAAACAGGUAUAUCUUAAUUUGCUUGAUGGCGUAUCAUCCGAAGGCGCCCUCUCUCGUCGCUUUCUUUCUCUCUGCAAUCUUUUAGCCAGUUCUCGCUCCUAUGAGAAGUCCAUGUUUGUCUUUGAAAUCGCAAAAGAUACUGCUGAAAGUGAUCAUCUGACUGUUAAGCAGGUUGCACCGAUUACCCCGGACACAUCAGUAACGAAAGUACCCAUUCCAGUAUCAUCUCCUUUUCUUGUUGAGUUUCGCAACUUUGAUUUUCAAAUGCUUCGAGGUGCACGCCAGGAGAUGAAGCAGUCUCGCAAGAUACUUGAGGCCAUGAAUCCAUCAGAUCCAGAGGUCAUAGAGCUAAUGCAAGAAGUGAAACCGGUGGCAACGUCUGAUUCUCUUGCGUCUGAGACGUUACACUACCCGAAAAGCAACAUUGUUUUACAAACACCUGGUUUUUCAUACGUACAUCUCGACUUCCACUCUGUUGUGUCCCACGCCUUCAAGGGUGACAUGCGAACUGUGCACUACUUUCUUCGUUUCUUUGAGCGCGAUCUGAAUACCUCUGAGUCUGUAUGCGAUUUUAUAUAUCGUAUUAACUGUUUAGAUAGCCUUGACCGCACUAACACCGUGCAGUUAUGCCUUUGCAAAGAAUUUUUGCGCAAGACAGUUACUAAAGUUCUCUGUUCGGGAGCACAUGCAGAAUUUCCUCGGUACACCCCCUACGAGAUUACUCUCGAAGAGGCAUUUGGACACCUUAACGCAACGUUUUGGCGGCAUGGAAAUGCUCUCUCUUUGCAGUACGCAACAACAGAUGCGAUGAAAGGUGAUCUUAGCAUAGUUGGACGACGCACUUUCAAAGGACGGAUGAAGGACUUGCAUAUAUGGUUUACCAGAUGGAUAACUAGUAAUUUUGUUGAUGGGCCACUGCAAGACGGCUAUCUCUUUCUGCGCAUGUCUAUAACUAAUCCCCUUCAAAAGAGCAACGAGGUAUUCCAUCUGUCUUUUGCCUCUCUCCUUGUGUUUUUGCUCGUGUUUGCUGUUCUUCUAUUUGUCUUGUGUUCUCAGCAUGCGACCACAAGCGCGAUUGUACCUUAUCUAAUCAUCUUCCUCUUUGGACUGGUUUCAUUUGCCCUUACCUGUUCCCUCUUCAGCAGAUGGUACGUCCGGUGGCCACGGUAUCAGUUAUCUCAGUAUGUACGCAUCUAUGGUGAGCGGGUCUAG